UCAUUCUCAAUACCACUAAGUAUAUUUAUCUCCCUUUCUGUCUUUAAGAGAUCGAGGAAGGCCAAAAAUUAAAGCCAGAUAUUAUGAACCAUCGUCUGUGAUUAUGAAGUUCUUGAACCAUGGAAUUGAACCAUUGUAUAAGAAGCUUUUGAGAAAGACAGACUACAGGUUGGAUUGGUCCCAGCUUCCUGCUGCUGUCCAUCCUUCAGGAGGAGAUCUUCCUAAGCCUCGACUUGAGAGGAAGUGUCAACAAUUAGAAAAUAUGGUUCGGUCAGUUUUAGAUUUGGCUGUUUCAGGACAAACCAUUGUAGAUUUUUGUUCUGGGGGGGGUCAUUUAGGCCUAGUUCUAGCAUACUGCCUUCCUCGGUGUAAGGUUCUUCUCAUUGAAAAUAAAGAAGCAUCAUUAGAUCGUGCUCGAGCUCGUGUGAAAACCUUAGGUAUUCAAAACGUAACUUUCUAUCAGUGUAAUUUAGGUUACUACAAUGGUCAGUUUGACAUUGGUGUUUGUCUUCAUGCAUGUGGUGUUGCAACAGACUUGGUGAUUAAGAAAUGUGUGGAAAAACUUGCUGCUUUUGUGUGUUGUCCUUGUUGCUAUGGGUCCAUUCAUGACACUCAUCUUGUUAAUUACCCACGCAGCAAAAAGGUUGCUCUGACUGAGAUCAGUCAUAAGGAAUACAUAUUACUUUGUCAUGCUGCUGACCAAACUGAAGUUGACACGCCAUCUGCUGAGCAAGGAAAAUAUUGUAUGGGUCUAGUGGAUACAGACAGAGCGUUUUACGCAAAGGAACAUGAGUACACCGUUACUUUGUCUACACUUCAACCACCUUCAUGUACACCAAAAAACAACUUACUAAUUGGAGUGCCUCCCACCUGGUGAAAAUCAAUUAGGUUACAGGAGAUUAUUAGUUUUAACAACUUCAAGAGUUUCAUCAGAGCUAGUUUAAAUAACACACAAAAUAUAAGACAAGUACCCUCAUUUGGAUUAUGUACAGUAAUCUUUCUAUAUGUUUUAGUUGUUUGUUUUUAAAAUAAGGUUUUCAGACCUUUUCAGCAUAUUUUUAUCUUUUUAAUAAAUAAUAUUUAAAUAUCAUGAACUUAAAUCAGUGAUUUUCAGCAAAUAUUAGCAUAUUUUGACAGUUCCUUGUUACAAAUCUGGUUUUCUUGAACUGUAGAAUGUUAUCCUGCUCAAGGAACAGUAAAGUACUUAAUUAAUA